CUCGCUUGGCACUUGAAGGUAGAGUAUUCUCGUUAAGUUUUAUUUUCUUUCUACAAGGACGGAGAAAUUCUUAUAAAGUGUGUUGAAAUUGUUUUGGGGGAGACUUUUUACUUCUAUUAUGCCUCUAUACAUGCAUGCAGUUCAAAAAUCUUUGAAAGCAUUUCUAUAUAUGCAUAUUCAUAAGUUAGGGCCGGGGGGGGGAGAUUUGCGAAUAGGAAAUUUGCCUAGGGGGCGUGCAUUUUUAGGGGGGGGGUAGCGGGCAUAUUUCCUGUUACACCGGAAAAUUUGCCAAAUUUCAAAAGGUUUAAAAGCGGAAUUUGAAGAGAUUUAAUUGUUAUAUAAUUCUGCGUGGUUUCAACUAACCGUACGUGCAACAGAUAAAUAUAGAUAUAAUUCCAUGUAAGUUUUCACGUUAGACACUUCAAAUUCCACUGUCCGUUCCUGUCUUUCAUUGUCUAUAGCCAGACUGUGGUGUUUUCAACACGAUCCAUAUACACCUUAUCACUCUACAGAUCUUUUGAAAAGUAAUUAUUUCUAAAACAUUCAUCUGCAUAUAUGCUCUUAAGUAAAUAAAGAAUAUAAGUAAAAUUUAAAUCAAUACAGGAUGUAGUUAAGUCCUUUGUGUUGUUUGGCACUGCCAUUCCGCGCCGGAAAACGAAAUAUACAACAAAACUCAAUAAUCUGAACGUUAGCAUGUUGAUUACUUGAAAUUCAAGACAUGUGAACAUAACAUGUCGAUUUUAUUUAAAAUUAUUAUCAGACAAACUGAUUAAUUAAUAUAUAUCGAAAACUCAUUCCCGUCUUAUUUUGACUCAUAACUUGAGUUUCAAGAUGUAAUCUUCGCAUUUUGUAAUAUAUUUUUUUUAAAUUAUCGCCUGGUAUUGUUUUUAGAAAAGGAAACUCUGGAGUAUAUUCAUUUAAGUGCGAAUUUUUUCAUAUUCAUGUAUUCUUGGUUUACCGUAAUUUUGCUUUGAUAUGAAUUGUCGUUUUUGUCCUUUUUUGACGUCCUCCAUUCCUUAACUUCGCUUGAGAGAAGUGUUUCAUGUUCAACAUUUGGAUUAUAAGUAGACGUAGUAUUAUUUCGCUCAAUAUAACUACACCAUUCGCCAUUCACAUAGUCCAUUUCCACCUGUCCUGUUUGUGAAGUUUUCCGCCUACUAUCGUUUAAUUGAACUGCCUUACCCGAAGCUCUGCGCUUUCUUCGCUUUGUUUUCGAGCUAAUUUUGUCCGUUAAAUCAUCUGAAGAGUCGCCAUAACCUGAACUGUUUUCACAUUUAGUGCCAUGUAACUGUAAUUCAGAGUAAUUCAGUUUACGAGAAUUUGGACGUUGUUCAAUUUUAGGCGAAGCUGGGCAGCUGUCGGGAUUUUCAAUUAAACUUUCAAUUGAUGAAUGUAGUUGCACCAUCGACACAGAUUUUGUCCGUUCACGAACAUUAUUUAGUUGUGUUAAAGAAGAUUCCCCUCUGUCCUGUUGCUUUUCUUCAGCCAUUUGGUGAAAUAUUUCAGAAAUUUUUAAAGCGACGUGUUUAGCAUCUUGCCUUGAGCGACACUCAACAACGUGACAGUCCAGUCCGCCAUAUAAAUUAUCAGGUGCUCGAUAAAAGAAGCCAAAUAUCUUUUGAUGUUGCUUGUCCACUCCGCAAUAGACGAUUCUCUCAAUCACGAAUUUCUUCAUUGAGCCUUCACUUCCAGUCAGACCUUUUUCAAGUUGUAUUCCUUUUGAAGUAACGAUCAUAUUUUGACAAGGAAUCUUUCUUUGUCGACUCGCUGUAUACUUCUCCCCCAUGGCGCGACAUAUUUCUUCGGCACCUGGAUGAGAACAUAACACACUUCCUAAAACCUUAACUUCAUACUCCUGGUUGUCGCUUCUUUCUUUUAGAAAACCGUUAAAUGAAAAUCUCUUCAUAACACCCAGUUAUACCGCGUAUAUAUUCGAGCUGAAAUGAAUAAAAUUUAUAUUGAUAUUGAUUCAAACCUCGUUACGGAAUAUUCGCAUUGUAUUACGAUGCAUUGUCAGCUUCAACACCAGGUUUGACUGCUUAUUUGAAUUUCAAUAGUAUGACGUUUAAUCAUUUAUUGCAAAUGACUUUUAUUGUGUAGCGUUACGUCGGCUUCUUUUUAUGUAUGAUAGAUGAAACGUACGGCGUCACGUUGCUUCGUUGAUUUAUAAGUAAAAACAUUUCCCCGUUUUCCAGCAAUACAUAUUUCGUUUGGUCGUAUUCCAAGCUUGAUUUUAUUUCAUAUAUGGUUAAUGAUUAUAAUGUCUUUGACUCUAAGACAAAGGAUAUGCCAUGAUACCGGAUAUUUGUUUCUCUGUUCUUUACAAUUUUCUUGAUAACAUAAUAAAUAUAAUGACUUUUCUUUUUAAAAAGACGCUCCUUAAUCACCUCAUACAUGACAUCAUCAGAUAGCGGAGACGUGUGCUCCAUAAAAUCGCGUUCACGUGGAAAUAUUCCAUGCUGACACGACAAAAUUGUUAGAUUUAUACUAGUACAAUACCAAGAUAACUACGUACUCUGUUGUAACGAGUAUGAUACCGGCAACCAUGCAUGUGUCGACAACCAGAUUCAUGUCUCGUUGUCUACGAGUUAGGGGGUUAAUAAAAUAACUGUGACUAUAUGAGUGCCUGGAAUUACUCCCUUCAAUUACGAGGAAGAUGAAGUCGAAAAUGAAGUCGGGCAAAUUAUAAACAUAAGUCGGGGAAAAAGAUGGGGGGAAAUAAAUUUAAAAAGAAGAAAUAUGCAAUAUGAUAGUAUAUGUAAUGAAAAAUUAGAACACAUAACGGAAAUAGUUUUUGCAUGUCCCCCAACCCCACCCCCGCCCCGUCGACAACAAUUUUUGAAAGUUUACAAAGAACAUUUUUUAGGUAAGUCGGGCACAAUGGGAAAAAGUUGAAUAAAUUUGUUUCUGCCCACUCUUUUUUCCCUCCCGAACGCCUAUCAAGACGGUGAUCGCUAGAUAGUAUACUUCAAAAUAAGGUUUCCGUUAUUAUAACGUAGGAAAAACUAUCCUAACUCAAAACUAAACCCUAACCCUAAUACUAUCCCUACCCUAACCCCUAACCCUAACCUAAACCCUAACCUAACCCUAACUUAUCAGUAAAAAUUGAUAUAAAAACGGAAACCUUAUUUUGAAGUAUACUAUCUAGCAAUUGCCCUAUCAAGAUACCGCCAUGUUCUUAAAAGUAAAAACUUUUUGAAAUUUAAUGUUCCAGGGGGGUGAAUGCCUGUCUUUAGGGCACUUGCUAAGAACAUGGCCCCCAGAUAUGCGCAGUAAAAACUGCCUGGUGGUUUUCCCGCAGAAGUGAGACCUCAGUAUGUAAUUACCCUUGAUCUAGCAUGCAUGAUCUGUGCCCACUACACUGGCACAGAAUACUACACAGAAGUCCAUCUCCAUUGUUUUUUUUGCGAAAGCGUUAUUCGUCAUGAUUCGUCACUCGGCAAGUACCGUGAACAGAAGCAGUCACCCCCUGGACGUCCGCCAUUUUUAGUAUUUCCAGGGGGAUUUUUGUUUUGUGUUUUACGAAUAGAGCUUACGCAAAAAACAGUGGAGAUGGACUUCUGUGUAGUAUUCUGUGACACUGGUGCCCACAUCUUCAUGGCUGCCUGCAUUCUCUUACCCAGAGCCCUUCUUACGCGCGGUGCGACGAGGGGCUCUGGUCAAAUCCAAAAGCGGAUACCAUAAAAACAUGGUAAAAGAAUAUAUCCGGUAUUAGAACAAUAACCUUCGUUGUAGCCAAUCAGAUGCCAGUUUGAUAUGGAUUUGGCCAGAGCCCCUCGUCGAACUCCGUUGACCGCGAGUGAGAAGGAGUCUGGGUACGUGAAUGGGCUGCCUGCGUUGCAUGCGUUGGCAAGUCGUGAAGCACUGGGUACGAGGUUGUUUAUAAGCUUUGAAUUAAAAAUGCGAUGGCGUACACGCGGCCUCAAUCAUAGGUUACAUAUUAAAAUUAAAAAUCAAGUUGAUAUUCAACCUCGCAAGCCAGGGUCAUUACCUAGUACAUUCAUGUUGAGGCUUUACGAAUUACGACUGCUGGAUGUACGCAGUGUCAAUGUCUUGUGUCGAUUGCCGAAGGCAUGAGACGAGCUCCGAAGGCACAAAAUACUGGGAGGGGGGCAUGUACUCCCGGGAAAUUUUUAAAUUUAAAGUCUCUGAAAUGCAAUUUCUGGACUUUGGCAGAAGAUUUUACACAAUUCUGGUGGUAAGAAAAGUGUGAAAACAACAUUAUAAAAUCGAAAUUUACAUUUUUUCUGGGAUCUUUAAUAUAUUGUCCAAAGCAGCAAAACCUACCCCACUCAGGUCUAUGCAUUCCAGGUACUUUCCAGAAAUGGGUUUUACUAAGUUUUGCUGUUAAAUCUAUUUAAGGAAAUUAAUUGAGAAUCCUGAAUUAUGCGCCACCCUUAUUUAACUUGUUAUGUGUGCACCAGAUGUGCACCACAGAUUACUAUUGUAAAAUUUUGUGCACCAGAUUGUGCACCAAUAAAGGGUGCUGUGCACCGGACAUGUCCGGUGUACAACACUUACAUUCCAUACUGGCCUGGCCUUAGUCUUCCCCGCAAUAGCAGCCGUCAUUUGUGGGGGUGGAGUUGCGGGCGGCCAAAUUAGGGCGGACGGAACUGGUUUUUCAUGCCUGCCCCUUCAUCCCGCCCGCGUGCUGAAGAUAUAUAACAUAUAUUACAUGAAGUGUUUCAUAAACAAUAGAUUUGGCGGGAAAUGGUUGAAAACAAAGAUGGCUGGACGAAGGGAAGAAUUUUUGGCCGUGAUAAAUGAGAAUAAACAUGGUGAUUUCCUUGCAUUUAUCAAACUUCAUGUAUGUAUUAAGCUUAGUUGCAUAUUUCUUAUGUAGACUGUUCGUAUAUGUUUGUAUCACAACUACAUUAUGUCAUUUUAUGAUUGAGAUAUUGACGACGAGUCGAACCGCCAAAAUAAAAUUGACAUAGAUUAAGCUAUGACUAUGAACUGUCUCGUUCUUUAAAAUCCCAUAUAAUCUUGUCCUGAGAUAGUCGAAGUCGUGAAUUUAAGUUGCUCUGGCCUCUGGGUAAACAAUGGGUUUUAUCAAAGAACGAGGCAGUUCUGUUCGAUAUUCAAACCAUUUCAGCCAGGCUACAUUGGGCCAUUCCAUAUUAAUAUAGCCCCCCCCCAUUGAAGGGUCCCUUCAUAAUCCCCUACCUAGGACAUAAACAUUUUGGAACCCCCUUGGAUUCAAUUUGUGGAAGUUACUCCAUAGGAUAUCUUACUCUCUCCUUUAGGAUAUUGCUUUUUCCCUCUUGGAUAUCGCUAAACAAUGUGGCUAUUCGUACUGGAACAGAUAUGUCGAGUUUGAUUUGCUCUUUAUACUGCAGAUUUUAAAUAUUUCAAGAAAAAUGUCUAAGUCAAGCAGAAAACCGAUGGCUAAAACUAAACCGAACCUGACCUCGUUUUGGUUUGCAAGCAUGCAAUACCUUUGCCGAAUACAUUACCAGCAAGAUCGCUGAAAGCUGUUGCAAAAACCUAUUUUAUAUUACUAAUUUACAAAAUUAUUGUAAGAAUCAGGUGCUGUACUCCAGUACAAAUAGCCACAUUGAUCACUAAAAUACCUUAUGUUUGCCAUUUUUAAAAAAUUCUCUCAAGCUAUCCCGCAGGAAAAUUUUAGAUGAAGACCCCCUCCUCCCCCAUUGGAUAUCCGAACCCCUCAAUAGGGUGGAUAUACACAUAUUAAAUGGAAUGGCCAUAAAACUGAGCAUCGAAGAUGGUCUGAAGCUGUGUUGGUGUGUGCCAACAGACGUCAAAUGGUCAUGUUGACUGCUGAGCCCAGGCCAUUAUGGCCAUUUAGGUGAAAAAAUAUAAACUUAGUUAUAUACAUAUAACUGAUAACCUGACAAUUUAAUACCACAAAGAAACUACAGGCAUAAACCACUUCGAGAAUUGGAGGCCAUUGACCAGGCAACUAUACAGGUUCUGACCUUACUUUUGGCUUUGCGCAGUGCUGUUUGUGUGGCAACCUUGGCGUGAUUGUCUGCCAGAAAGCCAAAACUCAGGCUGAAAAUCUCUGGUGUGACCUACAUGGAAUGCAGUCAGGCAUUUAAUGGGGUCCUACAGUAUAAUAUUAUAUGCGAGAUAAUUUUGAACUGUCUGUGCCAGUGUAGGUAGUAUAUAAAUAACAAGCUUUAGUUGGUAGGGAUGCAACUACCUGAAAAAUAUAUGGAGUAUUUUGACUUUGCUCGAAAUGUUGAAAUUCUCCUAAAUUAAGUUUCAGGUAGUAGCAUCCCUACCAACAAAAAGUUGUCCUAUAUGGGAGUCCUAUAAGUAAAUAUGAAGUUGCCAUGCACACAUACGUAAUUUCAAGUCAACCUUAUCACACAUACAGUACAUACCCACUCACCUGAGAUUUCUGAAUUGAAUAGUGGUAUUUCUGUCUUCAUAGCAUGCUCCAGCCCUUGAAACUCAGGUCGGCAUUCGGCAAUGCCGACCUAAAUGCCGACCUGCAAAGCAAUAUGUGUAGAUUUAGGUUGGCAAAAUUUUGCUGACCUUAACUUUCAAAUACGUAUCAGCCUUUUUUUCCGCGAACGCAUCAUUCAAAUAUGCAUUUUCAACGAUGUUUUAAUUAUCAGGUUUUGAUCAUUAGCUUGCGUCACUUUGCGAUAAUCAAAUUUAAUCCUUGUGUAAACAUUGCAGUUUCAUAAUGUUGAAAGGUGAUACUUGAAACUUUGAAAAGUAAACAUACAUGUUAAAGUCGUCCAGCUUGAAGAUUUAAGCGAAAGUAUAUUUUAAUAAAGUAGUGUACGGUCUGUCACAACAUUUGGUCACAACAUGCACUGUUCGAUUGGAGUUCAUACAUUUUGUUAGCUGCUUUGUUUGCUAUUGGCAUUGAUUGCAAUUAAUUGCUGUUUAUAAAUACGCGUAUUUGCAACAAGCAAAUAAAAUUUUCAUUUGGAUAUUGUCUAUUUGAUUUGAAAAUAUUUGCCGAUCUAGAUUGAGAAUUAUCGCUUUUAGGUCAGCAAUUUCUUGCCGACCUGAAAUUUCGGGAGUUUCAAGGACUGAUGCACUGAACCGAAGAUAUGAAAAUACACGCCGUCAACCUCUCAAGGAUGAUGAGACUGGGACGUGUUGAGAAAGAGAUUUAUUAACUUAACAUAAAAACCACCCACCCACUCAAUUGACAUUAUGCAUGGCAACAUGAAUAUAUGAACCUAGCCCCUAAACUAUAUUGCAAUUAAUUCCAUGUACUUUUCUACAUUCCAGCAUUCUCGAAAUGAUCCAUUUAACUUGGCUGAGAUUAUUCAAUCUCUGUCUCGUAAACAGUAUGAGGACAUGUGGUGUGGUUUGAGUGAAAUGUGUACACAAGUCUUGACAUCUUUUGAUCUUGAACAACAAGAUAAUUCUGGAGCAGAGGUAUUUGUUAAUUGUGAAUAUUCUGAAAUUUGCCAUUCCUGAAUAAUCAGUAAAUACGUACCUCACUUGUAUUCACACUGUAUUCAAAUUCACACGCACAGACGCCCCCCAAAUUAAAUAUUGCAUUAGGGUUGGCAAAAUUAGAUUGUGCAAAUCUGAGACAAACAAAAUUUAAUACAAUGCAAAAAAGUAAGUACUGCAGUAUAUAAUAAGGUAGGGUUACAUAUGUAAUUUUUUCUUGCACGGGCAACACAAUAGUUCAAAAUUGAUUGCAUUCCCAGCGCAAGGAAAGUGGCAACACAUGCAAUGAUUUUCUUGUCUGGUAAGAGAAGUGGAAAACCAAAGUUUUACUAAUAGAGGCAAAUUCAUGAUUUCUUCACAAAAUUUAGCACUCUAAGUACUUUUAGACACAAGUUCAAAAGUGUGGUUCUGAUUGAUAGAAACGAAAAUAUUAUGUUGACAAAUAUAUAGUUUGCGUAAAGAUUCUAACCUACAUAUAAAAAUGCAUGAAUUUGUAGUUAUUUUGUAGCUGUACAAAAGUAACAAUGUUUUAGAAAUCUUUCUCCAUGUAUGUAUCGACAGUAAUGUGUAAACUUGGAGCUCUUUUACUUGUCCACUGGAUUAGCCCCCCAAAUAUUUGUCACUAGCCAGUCCACUUGUCAAGUACUUUGUGGAAUUUCAUUGGCUGCAACUACAAUCGGUUGUAAUUUUAUAUUUUCAGCAAUUGUUGCUGAAAGUUAAAUAUUUUAACUUUUGGCAAGGAUUGCUGAAGGUAUCAAUGGGAAUGCAAUGAAAUUUGGUCUGUUGUGUUGCCAGCACAAUAAAAAUGUUCAUCCUAGGCUUAAUUUACACAGGCACAAGUAAAACCAACAUUCAACUUACACUGGAACUGUUGUGCAAAAUGUUAUUGGGCCAUAAAUUCAAAAAAAUCAACUCCCUCUGGGGAGAAAAUUUGUACUUUCUGGAAGGGGGGGGGGGGAGAUCUACUUCUAUUAUUAGUAAAAUAUGCUAGGAUGUUUGAAGGUAGGAGGGGGUUAGGGCAGCCACAGUAUCAUACACUAGGUGUAUACACACAUGUGUGUGUGGGGCAACCAACAACAAAGCUGUAAUUAUAAUUAUUAUAAUUUUUCAACCAUGAAUGCAUUGGUAGGUUAUAAAUUAAAGAUGAUGUCCACUCGUGUGCGCAUGUGCGAACUUUGUUUACGUUUUGAACUGCUGUAUUUGUAAAAUAUGAUAUUCUAACUGACUAUCUAACUCUUUUCUGGUUCGCCAUGCUUGUAAAUGAAUAUAAACUCUACGUUUCAAUUCAAAAAAGCUCGAAAGAUGCAUUAAAUUUGAGCAAUGUUUAUAUUUGGGGAUCCCCCUUUGUUAUGAGCAGAACUGAUGCGCAGAACGUGGACAUCAUCUUUAAGCUAUAUAUUGCAUGGAAUUUAAGGCAAAAAAAUGUAAACCCAUUAAAUUACAUUGCACCCCAUUGAUCCUUACGUUAGUAAUUUUAUUCUGUCUAAUGGCAGAUGAUUUUACUCAUCAAGGGGAGAGUGCUGGUGCUCAAUGAGUUAAAUCUGCCCAUGUGUCAAGUUACCCCUAAAAGUUGCCCCUACAGUAUACCCAAAAUGUCACAUGUUUAAACAAUUGUGGCAAACUGUAGCUUAUUCAUGCAACACUACCUACAAUAUACCCCGACUACUGUACAGUGUGUGAAAACUGACAGAGUGUUGUUUUCCAAUGCUAGGAACGUCAUGAUGAAGUUCUCACUGGAAUCACAACAAUGGCUUUAUGUUCCAUCACAACUGAUGAGCCAAAUGUAAACGGUCCAUUAAUACAAGUGGCAGUCAUGUUACAUGGUAUGUUCAUGCCAGAACAAAGAAGAAGUUCAACACAGAAUCACAGAUUAUUCUUCUAUUCAUAAUGGAAUAUGUUUUUACCUUGCUUUAGGCAUCAUGCUAACUCUCCCUGAAAGUUGUGGUAAAUUGCAAUUUUCAAUUGCCCAUCUUUGUGAAACAUGGUGAGAUUUUUUACAAGAUUUCUAACUAACUGUCAACAACUAGUUCGGUCGAUGCCAGUGUAGCACAAACAGCAGCGUUAUGUAGCUCUUACAUCACGUUGCUGGAUUAGAAGAGCUAGUUAACUUUAACAAUAGUCAAUACCUACAUUUUAUACAACCAGCUCCUGCAUAGUUGCAAUUAAAAGUCUAUAUAUAAGAUAACUGAAAUUGUUAUGAACUGCAUUCUCAUUUUGAGAUUUCUGCAAAUGAGAUUCCAAUGUUUUUACCUCUCGUACUUUGCAUGCGGAUUAAUUAAAUUUUGGGUUUUAAUUUCGAUCACACAAGGUGAAAUUUUUAUAUGGUGCAAUCCAGCCAGUUACAUGUAGAUGAAGCCCUAUGAUAUACACUUGUUGAUAUAACUUGAAUUGAAUUAGGUUUCUUGCUGGUUUGGAUGGAAAAGAUGAGCUUGUUACUUCGAUGUUACCAUAUUUCAUCAUCAAGGCUCUUGCCCAGGGCUUGGUAAGUGAACAGUUUAAAAACUCUUCCGAAAAUGAUUUAUGUUGAUGACAGGGUUGAUGACAGGGCCGCACGUAGGAUUUUUUCAGGAGGGGGAGGCAGUAAUACAUAUAUGCUCAAAAUAAGUAGCCAAAUGUCAAUGCAUUCAAAGCCAUCAGUUACUGUAGAUGUAUGCUUAUGGCUGUCCCAUAAUACAUUCUGUAUGGGAGUAGGCUUGGAUCAAGUCCGUCUCUCUAAGAGUCCCCGCGUUAUUGUACCUCGCGCUCUCCCUCCGACUCCAGAGAGAUGGACUUGAUCCAAGCCUAGUAUGGGAGAGCCAUAAGCAUACAGUACAUCAAGAACAUUACUGUAUAAAAUUAGUGAGUUAAACUUUCUCGUAAGGGGGCAGUUGUUAGGAGUAAAAUCGUCAGGUAUUAGACAGAAUAGAAGAGUACAUGCAGUAUGUAGAAAGAUACAGGUAUUGACAAAUAGGCACAUUUAGCUAACGUUUGUUUCUACUCAAUUGAAUUCACAACUUCCUCACAUAAUUAUCAUUGUUCUAGUUUACAGACGCAUUAGAAUAAAGAGAACUAAGCUUCAGAAUUAUCUACAUGAGUGAAUAACUCCUAUACAGAACAUAACUCUAAUGUUUAGUUACCUUUGUCCUAUUUUAUAUUUCUAUAAACUAGAACAAUGGUAACUAGGCAUGUGAGUUGUUGAAUUGGGUAGCAACGACGUAAACAACGUUAGUCAAGUUUGUCUGUUCCAGCUUUUAUAGUAAAGUUACAAAAACAGUCUCGUGACACAAAAUGAAUUACCACACGAAAUAAAUUAUAUUUAAGGUGGUGGAUGUUAAACGUCUGUGGAGUGUACGUCAAACUUUGUUGUUAAUGGAUUUCGAAGAUGAAAGUUGCUGUUCACUUAAAGCGUCACUCCUGCAAUGUCUCAUUCAUCCUGUGUUCUUGAAAGUAGAAGAAGUAAGAAGACAUUAUUUUAACACCCUCUAGCAAGCGUGCAGUUUUACCUUAAUUCUAAUCAUAGCCAUAGGCUCCCCAAUAGCUAGGCAUAUUAAAUAUUUGAUUGAAAUAUUAAAACUUUUAAUAAAACUGUUACAUAUAGCGCAAAUAUAAAAAAAAUAUUUCGAUAAUAAUGCAUUUCUGCAGUUCUGGUUUCUGCUACGCGGACGACGUCACUCACGGGAUACUAAUAAGUUAUGCAGUAUUUAUUCCUAAGAUUGCAAGAAAAUCACAAACCGAUGCAUUGCUAUGCCUUUCAAACUAUCGAACUACGCUAAAAUAAUAACACUUGAAUCUAUAUGCUAUAUAAAGUAGCUUGAUUUCUUGAGGAAUAACUUGUUAGUAUGCUGUCGUCCGCGUAGCAGGCAACCAGAACUGCAGAAAUGCAUUAUCGAAACAUUUUCUUAUAUUUUCGCCAUGUUUAACAGUUUUAAUAAAAGUUUGAAUAUUUUAAUGAGAUAUUUAACAGGCUUAGCCAUCGGACUGCCUAUGUUCUAAUACAGUCUUCUGGACGUCUCUCAUAGUCUCGCUUUCGUGAUUCAGGUUUAGUACAGGUCUUCCAUGUUGUAACUCAUGCAUGUAACUGUAAUUACGAAGUCGAGAAAGCAUUUCUAUAUAAAGCCAAGGAAAUGUUUUUUUCUAAAGGGCAUGUAUUGAUAAAGGUACGACGUAUUAGGAUGUUUUAUUGGUUGCAACUACUCGCUGUGGAAACUUGCUAUUUUGUAAUAUGUUAACACAGUAGACCUUCAUUAACGUUGAGCUGUUCCUGCUGCUCGAGCUCGCUAGCUAUUUCAAAGAGCCAGAAAAGUUUUUUUCGGCGAGAAUAUAUUGGACUCUCAUCAACCUUGAACUGCUCCAGUCAGCAAUGGAAUCACAUUUAAAAUAAAUACCUCAGACUUCUUCGAUGACUUUUUAUCUUCUUUUUGUUUUCCCACAGGGUCGCAAGUUUUUAAGUUACCUGUUUGGAAUGCAUCCAACGUUUACUGAAGAAAUUCACAAGACCAUCAAAAAUCAAAUUCCUACCUGUCCAAUGUAAGUUUUAAAGUUUUAAGAUAUAGUUAAUAAUUGUAUACCCUGCAUACCAGACCGUUUUCCACGAGAGUAAAUAUAAUAAUAUAUGCAGGAGCGGAAAAAUCUGCAAGAAAGGGGACGACGCAAUCUCAAGGGUCUUUACCUCCGCCAGUGACAUGAAUAUAACUGCAACGCUAUCUUCAAAUAAACUGCCUAUCAUUUUCUAGAAAUCAAGACCCGCGUGUUUAAGCCACGCGAUUCUCUCGCGCGAACAAUUAUUAGAAAAAAAUAGGGGAAAAAACUAAACGUAAAGUCUACUGGGAAGUUUUACGUGAAUAGAUUGCAUUAAUAGAAAGUUUUGAGCGCUGUUAUAUAUAUAUAGAGAAGCUUUUUUGUAAUUUAUUAUGCCGGUUUUCAAGAAUUCUUAUUGACGUUGACGGAUUGACCGCGCUGUUCGCAUGUGUGAAAUGACUGGGACUGACCUUCAAACUGGGCUUCAAAUUUCCAGUUAACCUGCGUCCGGUUGGAGGUCGCGUCAUUCAUUGCACUGCUUUACCUCCGCAAGCUGCGGGGGACGAAGGGGAUUGGGGGAUGAUUAUAAGAGGAAAUAUUUGGAAACGGCAAUCCAGCAAAUUCUCUAUCUUUCCACCAUUUUUUUUAAUUGCCUGCCUGCACAUCCUCUUCUAGCUUACCCGCAACCCGCUAGCUACUAAUUAUAAAAAAAACAAACUACGAAGCUGAGAUGCAGUACAUGUUAUAUUAGACUACACCAACUUUGUGUAAUUGUGUCUAGUCUAGUCUAGUCGACUAGAAAUUGUAACCUUCAAAAUAAUGCGACACUUUAGAGUAUACUGUACAUAACUGAUAUAUUGCAAAAUUGCAUUGGUAAUUUACUAAUACAAUGUCAUUUAAUCUUGGACAAAGGAAUUCCGGAAGAGAUUAAUAGUCUAAAAUAGAAAUCAAAUCAGGUCUGAUAUAAAAUUGAACGCUUUUAUAUCACAUAUACUUUGUCAAUUUCAAAAUUGUUUAUUUGUUCUCAGCAUAGGUUCUGAGUAGAAUUUUGACUUAAAUUUACGCCAUAACUUUAGAUUCUUGAUAUUGUAAGGUAGGUAAACAUAAAGUACUGGACAUGACCUUUAAUGUAUAAGAAUACACUACAAGAAUAUUUUAGUAUUUUUCUCAACGAAUUUAUAUUCUAUGAUAAUAUAUACUACGAACUGAUGAAUUCGUAAACUCAACAUUAGCCCAAGAAUUAGCGGUACUGUAUUUGUACAUAAAAUGUUGUAUAUUACGUUGUCAACAAAGUAGGAAACAAUCUCCGCAUAUAGGAGUUCCAUCUUGAGACUUAAUAUUUAUGUAGAGCAAGAGGACAUAUUAUUCAACAGUGAUAUUUCGAAUUUAUUGCAAAUUCAUCAUGAAACUGUUGAAUAUUGUGUCCUCUUCGUUAUAAAUAUUAAGUUUCAAGAUGGAACGUUUGUUACCUACUUCAUUUCAUGAAGUUAUUGGUCGGAUUUUGGUCAAAUCACGUUGGCAAGUCUUGUAGCUCAUAUAUUGGUGGGAAGUCUUGAUUCUGUGAUGGUGGGAAAGGUUGAUCAACUAUGGAAUAGGGCGGUGGAGGAAGAUUUUGUGUUGAUUCACGAGGCAAUUGAGUGUCUGCACGUAGUUCUAUGGUCUCAUCUCGAGUCCUAGGUUGGAGAAAUACACAACGUCCUCUUCUUUUACGGUAGCAAGUCACAAAAACAACCGUACAAACGAUUGCAAACACCACAACGCUUGCUAGGAUUAUAACUAUCUUCAAUGAGGAUAAUACAUUCAUGCAAUCAGAGUUUGUGCAACGAUUAUCAACACAGCAUUGUUGUGGCUCUCCACAGUCACUAUCUGAUCUGCAUUUCCAACUUAGGCAAGUAUUUGAACAAUAUCUCGUCGUGUAACGAUGGCCACAGCAAUAUGGCCGAAUACUGUUGAAACAAUUUGAAUUAGUGUUGCAAACUUCUAAACAAGUAUGCUUAUCCUUUGUACACCUGUAUGUUCUACUGCAACAUUCCUUUGGAGCACAAUCUUGAUCUUCGUGACAUGCUUGCUCAGUACAGUUAGCUCUACAAACACUCUUUUGAGUUAAAUAUCUUUGUUUACAACAAUAUAAAUCCAUCUUCUCGCAAACUUUGUUUCGCCGACAAUCACAAUCUGGCUUCCAAGUGCUACAUUUGUUUGAAUAAGUACAGCAUUCGUCGCCAGUGUCGCCACAGUCCUUCUUUGAUCGGCACAGUUUCUGAACACAAUUCACACGGCACAUUUUCCACAAAGGAUUAAAACUCAUAGUACAACAAUACUUAUUGUGUGUGCAGUCAUUAUGUGAAGAACAAUUAUAUAUUCCAGUAGUUUCUUUCAUGGUAAGAGUGAGGAACGGUAGUAAAUAAACAUACCAUUGUUUUAAAGUAAACAUCACCUCGAGCACAUUUCAUCGAAAUGAUGUCGUUUACAACUAAAAUAUGCCACUGACCUGUGCAUCUCACUGGAAUGUUCGUUCACAUGACCUUUAAACUCGAUAUAAACAAAUAUUAAGUGCGACGAAUAUAAAUAUAUGAGAUGAACAGUUGGGAACUACUGUGGUUUAGAAAAUGCGUUCAAGUUUAGUUGUCUCGAAUUAAACGUUUCAUACAACUACUGUAAGACGUACAGUAGCUUGGACGUACAAUAUACAGACGUGACGUUAAUUUUUUAUUCGUCUGUCUAACUGCUUUAUUUAUAUGAGACGUAUUUUACGUUUCACACUUUAAGUCGUCUCGGACGUUGAAGACAUCUUGAUAUUUACUCAUAACCGGUGUAUACAUGGCAGUACCCUGGUACCACUGGCCUCUAGCUCAGUUGGUUGGAGCGCGGUACCGGAAUCGCAGGGACACAGGUUCGAUUCCUGGUUAGACCUGUGGUUAGACCUAAUAAAUGUAUAUACAUUUCCAGUCGAUAAUUCCAUCUACAUUUAUCUAAUAUAAAUACAGCCAAUUUUGAGGUGGUCACGAACCAUGUAAUUUAUGCCUUGAAUUUCAGAUUGGCAAAUAUACAUUUGCAGUUAUACACAGUGUAUGAUUAAAUGACAAUAUCCUAUAUGUUUGUCUAUAUCUAUACGUACUAAUCUAUUAAAAAAGUUUAAAGCAAAAGAGUAUAUAGGACAUAGCUAGGCUAAAUAGUUGCGAUUAAAUAGUUUUACAAUCCCAGCUGUUAUUGUCAUUUCCAGCAAAGUUUUUUUACCCUAAUGUCGUAAUGAUGUUAUAGUCUGGCAAAAUUAGCAUAAUUUUAUCCGUUCCAAAUCAUUCAUUCUGUAUACAUAUGGGAUUAUAAAACUAUUAUGACCGAUCUCAACUGCGUACCUAUUAAAGGAUACAACUGUUGCCAUAUUAUUGGGAUUUAAAGUAUAGAUUUACUAUAUACACUAUUCACGACAAAAUCGCCCGAGAAAUUUAACCCACAUGAAAGAUUUUGAAUGCUAUAAAGUGUAUUAUACAAAGAUUUUGAAGGCUGUUGUAUGCGUUCCUUUUAUUUUGAAGUAUACUAUAUAUGAGCGUAUUAAGUUUCUUGUGGCAUGUAUAUUGGUGGAAAUUCUUGAUUCUGUAAUGGUGAAAAAGGUUGAUCGUCAAUUGAAUAUGGAGGUGGGGGAAGAUUUUGAUCUGAGGGAUUAUAUUGAACAGAAUAAUCAUUUUCUGAUUCACUGCAUAACUCAAAUGUUUCUUCGUCUACGCUACCUCUGGGUUUAAAAAGCACACAUCGUCCUUUUCGUCUACAGUAGCAGGUCAAUACAAGAGCUGCACAAAUAAUGAUAAACAUCAUGGUACAAGCGAUGAUAAUAAACGUCGUCCAUGAAUACAGUGAAGGAGUACAAUCAAUACAUAGUUUAUCACUUCCGCAGCAUUGAUCUGUGCAGUCGUCAUUUGUCGCACAGUGCUUGCUACAUGUAUACUUACAGGCUUUGAUAGACUCUGUUUUGUAGCUUGGUUUGAAGUCACAACAUUUUAAAGUGUGGGUGCAAUCCGAGUCAGUCCUACACUCUCGUAGGUAGCUACAAUCAGGCGAACACACAUUGUUACUAUUACAACAUUCGCCUUCAGCACAGUCGUAGUCCUUAGUACAUGGAUGAUGUUCACAGUACUUUUUACACGUUCUUAUUCGAUACGACAAACGUUCUUUACAGCAAUAUUUGCCAUUACGCCUGCAUAUAGGAUCACCAACAUAUUUACAACUACACAUUUCUAUAUCGUUUGUACAAACGUUAUUCUUACAGCACAUACUGUAAAGAUUAUCACCACAAUGAUAAGCAUGGAGACAUGCUUUGCCAACACAGUUAUCACUACAGACUUGGAUCAAAGGAUUGUUACUAACUCUACAACAAGGUCUACCGCCACAGUCCCAGAACGAAGAGCAAUUACGUGUUUCAUGUUUCGUUACGUUGAAAAUCAGUAUCACAAACACUGUUAUAUAACGCGGUGCAUUAAACACGGACAUAUUUAUAUCACGUACUGAGACCAUUAGCUGGCUAGCCUGCGUCAAAGACGCUCGUGGGCGGAAAUGGGGGCGCCAAGUAGCAAUUCAUAGUCUGUGCCACAAUAAAAAUUGAAGCCAGAAGUACGUCAUGUUUUGAGAUUAGUGAACUCGACAGUACGUCAUGUUCUGAUCUGACAUAUUUGAUGGUCCAGUCUUGAUGGAAGUAGACGUUCAAGUCUUCCAGUCUCGCAGGAAUAUUACGUCACGCUAAGAAAUCACGCGAUUUGAGCGGCAAAUCUAAUGGUCGAUACAGUUUUUUGAAAAUGGAAAGUUUGCAAUUUAGACCAGUGUUUUUCGACAAGUAUUACUCGUUGAAAAACAAUAAGUAUCUUUCUUAUGUGAAAUAACAUCUAAAAGUUUGGAAUUUUUAUCAAAAGUUAGACAACUGCCGUUGCUGUGGCAACAAUGACGUUUCAAUGUGGCGGAUAUUGUGGCUUUUAGUGAUUUAAGGGUAAAAGAGUGGCAGAAAUCAAACAAUUAGGUGGAAUUAUGUAGUGUGCCGCCUAAACUGUCUAAAUGCUGUAACAAGGUGGAAUUUCGUUUUCAACCAAUCAGCGCAUUUGUUGACAAUUUCGCUCUAAGCCAAUCAGAAUGCGUAAUUGUUAUUGUAAGUAGUUUCCUUGCGAGCACAGAAAGGCCACUUCCGGUAAAAACAUACAUUUGAACAGAAAAUUUAGGGUCUUAAAUUAACCUUCGAGGGGGCAGAUGUUUUAAUUUUUUGAUUUAUAUUCAACGUGACAAGAUAAAACAAGAAUUGUUCUAAAAAUCUGCCGCUGGGAUUCGCGUUUUAUUGCCUAGUUCCAAAAUUAUCGGCAUUCGAACUUACGCGCUUUUUAUACGUCGCUGUGGGACAUAGGUUCGAUUCCUACCAGGGACCUAAAAGUUGUUCCUGGUUAGACCUAAUAAAUGUAUAUAAAUUUCCAGUCGAUAAUUUCCAUCUACAAUACCCUUCAACUAUUAUUCAGUCUAGUGAGAUGCCAACAAAAUGUUGACAUUUAUCUAAUUUAAAUACAGCCAAUUUUGAGGUGCUCAAGAACCAUGUACUUUAUGCCUUGAAUUUCAGAUUGGCAAAUAUACAUUUGCAGUUAUACAAAGUGUAUGAUUAAAUAACAAUAUCCUAUAUGUUUGUCUAUAUGUAUAUAUACGUACUAAUCUAUUAAAAAAGUUUAAAGCAAAAGAGUAUAUAGGACAUAGCUAGGCUAAAUAGUUGCGAUUAAAUAGUUUUACAAUCCCAGCUGUUGUUGUCAUUUCCAGCAAAGGUUUUUUUACCCUAAUGUCGUUAUAGUCUGGCAAAAUUAGCAUAAUUUUGUCCGUUCCAAAUCAUUCAUUCUGUAUAUGGAUGAUCUGAAUUAUCUAAUAACGAAUUGAACUGGAAUAUUGCUGUAAUAACCAAGCAAUAUUAUAUUAAGAAACUUGUCUGACCUUAGAGGUUGACCUCCUAUAAAACUAUUAUGACCGAUCUCAACAGCGUACCUAUUAAAGAUGCUGUAAAGUCCUUCUGCGCAUAUAUUCUGCGCAUCAACACAUUCCAUCAGUGGGGGAGCAACCUUUGGAAUGUUGUUAUUAAAUAUUUCUCUCUUUCCGAACUUUCUUGAAUUGAAUCUCUAGUCUGCAUUCAUUUACAAGCAUAGCGAACCAGAAGAGUGUUAAAAAUUCAGUAUAAUAUAUAUCUAAUCAUAUUUUACAACUGUAGCACUGAGUUCAAAAUGUAAACAAAGCGUUUGUUUACAUUACGGACUUUACAUCACCUUUAAAGGAUACAACUGUUGUCAUAUUAUUGGGAUUUAAAGUAGAUUUACUAUAUAUACUAUUCACGACAUAAUCUCCCGAGAAAUUUAACCCACGUGAAAGAUUUUGAAUGCUAUAAAGUGUAAUAUACAAAGAUUUUGAAGGCUGCUGUAUGCGUUCCUUUUAUCUAUAUAUGAGCGUAUUAAGUUUCUUGUGCCACGUAUAUUGGUGGAAAUUCUUGAUUCUAUGAUGGUGGAAAAGGUUGAUCGUCAGUUGAGUAUGGAGGAGGGGGAAGAUUUUGAUCUGAGGGAUUAUUUUGUACAGGAGAAACAUUUUCUGAUUCACUGCGUAACUCAAAUGUCUCUUCGUCUACGCUACCUUUGGGUUUAAAAAGCACACAUCGUCCUCUUCGUCUACAGUAGCAGGUCAAUACAAGAGCUGCACAAAUAAUGAUAAACAUCAUAGUACAAGCGAUGAUAAUAAACGUCGUCCAUGAAUACGGUGAAGAAUGACAAUCAAAACAUAGUUUAUCACUUCCGCAGCAUUGAUCUGUGCAGUCGUCAUUUGUCGCACAAUGCGUGCUGCAUGUAUACUUACAGGCUUUGAUAGACUCUGUUUUGUUGCUUGGUUUGAAGUCACAACAUUUUAAAGUGUGGGUGCAAUCCGAGUCAGUCCUACACUCUCGUAGGUAGCUACAAUCAGGCGAACACACAUUGUUACUAUUACAACAUUCGCCCUUGACACACUCGUCGUUGUUAGUACAUGGAUGAUGUUCACAGUUCUUUUUGCACGUUCUUAUUCGAUACGACAAACGUUCUUUACAGCAAUAUUUGCCAUUACGCCUGCAUAUAGGAUCAUGAACAGAUUUACAAUUACACAUUUCUAUAUCGUUUGUACAAACGUUAUUCUUACAGCAGAUACUGUAAAGAUUAUCACCACAAUCAUAAGCAUGGAGACAUGCUUUGCCAACACAGUUAUCACUACAGACUUGGAUCAAAGGCUUGUUACUAACUCUACAACAAGGUCUAGCACCGCCACCACAGUCCAAGAACGAAGAGCAGUUACGUUCAGUUGCUUCGUGUUUCGUUACGUUGAAAAUCAGUAUCACAAACACUGAUAUAUAACGCCGUGCAUUAACCACCGACAUAUUUAAGUGAGCUAUUUUAAAAUCAUUAUCGUCAAACGAUAAUUUGACUCGGCUGAGCGAUUUUAAAAUCGUUAUCGUCAAACGAUAAUUUAAUCAUUUUCGUUGUACAGUACUGGUGUGGAGACCAACAUACUUAAGAAAUCAAGCUAUUUGGGCAUCAAAACUAAUGGACAUCUUGAGAAAGUUCACCGGAAAUUCAUCUUAAAUUAAGGUGGCUUGAUACAGUUUUUUGAAAAUGGAAAGUUUGCAAUUAGACCAGUAUUUUUCGACAAAUCUUACUCGUUGAGAAGCAAUAAUUAUCUUUCUUAUGUAUAAAAAUAAGAUCUAAAGAAUUUGUCUUUUUAGUUAGUGAUUUAACUCGUAAAAGAAUGGCAGAAAUGAAACAAUUAUGUGGAAUUAUGUAAUGUGCCGCCUAAUCUAAAUGCUGUCCUUUUGUUAAUUUAGUUAUUUCAGUAACAUUUACAUGGAUUUAAACUUUUUAACGUGCGCAUAGAGCGUUUGUACUCAUUCCCCAGGGACAACAAAAGCCAUGGCGGCCUUGUUGGUGUUCCAGACAAAAGAGUUUAAUUAAAAUUCUUUUGAAUUGGAACUCCGACAUCGCGGCUGUGAUGUCAUGUGCAAACGCUCUACUGUAUACCCACAUAUUGAAAAGACCGCCUUUAGGCGAUUACCAGUUGCCAAUUGUUUUUUUAUUAAUAGGCUAUACUGUUUAGUGCACCUUGCCCCAAAUGACCUCGUUUAUUUGCGCCUGCUGUUGUGGAAGUCAUUCAUGCUGCAUGACAGCGUAAAAUGGUUAAAUUUUGAUAUAUAAAGUAUUUAGAUGGUGGCGUGCACAAUUUAAUUGUUUGUGCCAACAAACUAUUUAGGAACUAAAUUAAGAGCACAAUGCCUCGUUGGCAGCCAAGCGCGGAGGCUGUGGAUUGCGUGCGUGAUCGCCUAGAGGCGCCGCCUAACAUGAUAAAAGGGGCAAAUUGUAGAUGUAGGAGAGGAAUGAGGUUGGAAUCAGAUUGCAUUGAGAUCGAGAGUUGUAGAACUGCAGAUGGUUUAAGAUUGAUGGAAUUGUCAUAGAAUGUUUAUAUAUAUAUAAAUUGUAACGCAAGUUGAAAUAAACUAGAUAAAUACAGACCAUAAAGUCGCUUCUUCCCUGAUCGCGAAACCUGCCAUGACUGAAAUCUGCCAUACUGAAUCCUGCCAUGUUGAAACCUGCCAUACUGAAACCUGCCAUACUGAAACCUGCCAUACUGAAACCUGCCAUACUGAAACCUGUCAUAUUGAAACCUGCCAUGUUGAAACCUGCCAUGUUGAAACCUGCCAUACUGAAACCUGCCAUACUGAAACCUGCCAUGUUGAAACCUGUCAUGUUGAAACCUGCCAUACUGAAACCUGUCAUGUUGAAACCUGCCAUACUGAAACCUGCCAUGUUGAAACCUGUCAUGUUGAAACCUGCCAUACUGAAACCUGCCAUACUGAAACCUGCCAUGUUGAAACCUGCCAUACUGAAACCUGCCAUGUUGAAACCUGCCAUACUGAAACCUGUCAUACUGAAACCUGUCAUGUUGAAACCUGUCAUGCUGAAACCUGCCAUGCUGAAACCUGCCUUGCUGGAAGCUUAUUAUUCAAACUGUAUUCAAACAUAGUUUAACGACAGUAAUGUCUAUUUACAAAUGUCGAGUGUAGUACUGGCUCCAAAUGGAUUUUCGUGUAAAAUUCGCUGUUGUUUCCCAGAAUUUCAGCAAGCCUCCACAGGGGAUUGCAAGCUCAGGGUCCUGCUAAUAAACUAAAGACUCAGUCUCCUACCCAGGGUCUAAAUAUUCUUUCUCACACUCUGUUCAACAAUUGCGGACUAGGUUUUACUAUCGCAAGCGAAGUGCUGUCUGAUGUACUGUAAAUGCAUUCCUGUAAUGUUUUUUUAUAUUUAGUGGAACAUUGGUUGGGUAUGGAGAGAUUUAUUUCAAAGCAUGGCGGGCUGCGAAGGACUUGUAUCUUGAGGUAUGUAAACUAACAUAAAUACUACGAAGCCAAAUAGGAAAAAUAUUGAUACACUAAAAGCCGCUUAAUAAAUCACGCAAAUCCUUUGUGGCCAAAUUGGGUGACGGAAAGUGCGGUUUCUUGGGGGUAAGGGCCCCCAGAAAAGCUGGAGAAACAACAUCAGGGUGAGAGUAAGGGCCCUCACCGUUAUGGACAUUGAAUCUCAUGUCCGAGCCGGGCUUCCCCGUGGUGAAGUGACCGAGAGAUGCGAAGAUCAGGACGAGGGUAAGGGCCCCUGCCGUUAUGGACCUUGCUCUCUUUUGCCGGUGUGUGCUUCACCGUGGGCGAAGUGUGGCCGUGUGGACACCACUUUCCGUCCCGCUUUCUUUAUUUCUUCUUGAAUGUAUAAAAUAUUUACAAGUUGAUCAAACAGAACAAAUAAGAUAUGAUUACAAUUGAUUUCUUAUAUUUAAUUAAGUUCUAUAGUUCCUGAUUAUUGGGAUGCUUCUUCUUCAUCCAAGGGUUGGGUGGGUGGGAUUUUCCUUCUAUGUUGUCUCGAAGACCGUUGAAACCAGAGUGAUUAACUGAGAUAAAAUUUGGCUAGCUUUUGCUGAUAACUGAAGAAUGUCGGCCUAGCAAAAUGGGAUUAUAUUGACAAUUUGGCAUUGACACAUGGCAGGUGUUGCCCGGAGAGCAAGGCGGUUGUUUUCUUUUCUUAUCGUUUCCGUUUAGUUUUCGUUAUGGAUGUUGCCUCUUAUUAAUCCUAAUUUAUUUUUUAAAAUAAAUUGCUCCGUAAUAGAAACACUAUUUUUAUAUCCCGCUGAAGUGAUUCUUAUAUAAUGGGUAUAAUGACCAAGUUGGUUCUUGAAUGGUUCGUAUUUCUAGUCAAAAACAGUUGUUCUUUAUAGUGUUUCAGAAGAUGUGUUUCCUUAGUUUUCCUUAGUUAGUGAACUCUAAUUGGCAUGCAGUUUUACGCUAAUAAUUAAGGUUUUUAUGAUAUGCGGAAUUAUGAAGAUCGAGGUAAGCGUUGAUAAUUUUGCAUAUAACAAAAACCGAAUUCAAUAAUUGUUAAAAAAAUAAAACCGCCCUACCGUUUUUGUAAAGUCGUUUCUUUUUGGAUUUUUUUAUUAAUUCGGUUAGAGUUAGUGUUAGAGUUAGGGUCGAGGUUAGGGUAAGGGGUUAAAGUUGGGGUAGGGUUUGGGUUAGUUACAUAGCCAUUUAACACCUCUUCCAUCUUCCGAAAAUGACGUCAGGUCAGUUUGCUGGAUGGAAAAUAAUGCUAACCGUAUAAUAAUUGCUAUAACUCACUUCUUUUCACCCACAAUACAAUACGAUGUUAUUACAUAUAUAAGUACACUGAUGCUAUGAGAUCAGUACCUGUUACGUGGCCAGGGCUGGCGGAGGUGUGUAAAUUUCCAUGAAAAUGUAUUCUUGAGCCACCACAUCUCCUAUAUGUACAGGCUUUGUCAUUGGUUGAUUAUGCAUGAAAAUAAAAGCCAAUAAACUGUCCAAUCCAAUUACUGACUGCUUGAGAAAACACAUAACGUAUUGUUAUUCUAUCUCAAUGUGGUGCGCAGAUAUGGAUUUUCUGCUGACAAUGUCUAUGAAUUAAAUAUUGUUGUUUUUUUUUCAGAAAAUCGAGAUGUUUUGCCUUCAAGAUCUUAUGUUUCAUGCUAUCCAUGCUCAACGUACAGGAAGGAACUCAAUGGCGUCCAGACUUAAGAAGGUUUGCAUAAUUUUUGGAUGUUACAAAAGCAUGUUUCCAGCAUAAUUAAGUCACAUUAGUGAGAGCAAUUAUCCCUCCAGGAAUUGAAUUCCCUUCUCUCCCCCUCACACAACGAGUAGUUCAAUACCUGUAGCCUAAAUACAGUAUAAGGCAAUAUACUCUUCCAAGGUUAACGCCGCCACAUUUUAACACACUUGCAAAGGGUGCAAAUACAAUGGAAUUCCCUGUAGGUGAAUUUACACAGGCAAACAAACUGGAAUUCCCUGUAGGUAAAUUUGCAAUUAAUGGCGAAAACAAUAUAUUCAAGAUGGCCUCCUUAACCUUGGAAGGGCCUAUUUGUACUAACUCACAUAUGGCGUAUGUUUUUAGCUUUUGGGAUUCUUUCAUCAACAAAAGAAGCAUCCUGGUGUGGAUAAAGUUUUACUAAAACUUUACGAACCUAUCAUAUGGAGAGCUUGUAAGGUUAGGAAAUGAAUACGAGUGAUAUGUCUUCUCAAAUAAUUAGUAUUUGAGAAAUUCAACACAAAAUGUAUGGACGCUUAUGUCUGAUACGGUAGGAAUGCAUGGAAUCCGUAGCUGUUCGAGAUGCAUCAACAUGAAUAACAGAUGAUGACAGGGCACAGCAUAAUCAAUGAUCGGUCAAAUUGUAACAUGACCGGUCGAAUUUGUAUUACGCAGGUCAUGGUGAACGGUCGAAUUUUGGUUAGCAGAACAUGUAUGUUACACCAAACAUGAGAUUGCGUGGGAAAACUCUAAAGUAAUUACCACAAACAAUCGAUUUGGUCAAAGACUUUGCCUAGAAGCGUGGCAUAUAAAUGAGUAAUCAUGCUUUCAAUAGGGAUGACGGUGCCUAUUUGCCAGAGGAAUAAUGCAUCUUUUUGGCAGAUGACGUCAUCCCUUGGGUAUUUAAGAAGCCACAUUACAACUUUAGAUCACCCCUGAUGAUGAAGACACUAGACUGUAGUGUCGAAACGUUGGAUCUUGAUAACAAUUCGACUGGGCUUUGUAUUUAUUUGUAUAAACCAGAGUAGCGAGCAAAAACAUGAUAAUAAUGAUAUAUUCCUCUUUCUUACCCACUAUUUUUAUAGCAUUUAAUAGUGAAUCUUAAUUUCCUGUUAACUUCCUUAUGUUGGAGCAAUAGAAUAUAUAUAACUUGGUAUAUAAGUAAUAAUGACUGUAGGGAGUGAUGAAAUAUAAGGAAUAAUGAAAGUAUUUGUUUAUUUUUCACAGGUUGCUAAUCCCAGUGUACGUGCAAACGCUGCCGCCAUUUUGUUUGAUGUUUUUCCUCUGAACGAUUCUACAGCAAAUGUUGCCCAAUCAGAUGAAUUGUUACAACGACAGUUUGACGUCAUUGGAGUAAGUAUUCUGAAGCUGUUGUUUAUGCACCAAAUCUGUCAAAGCGUGUAUACUUAUACGCAUGUCCGUGACACAGCGCAGUUUCCACGCAGAGGCCUGGAAUCGCAGGACCGCAGAUUUGAUUCCUGCCAGAAGGCUGAUAGUUGCAUUUUUCACAACUGCUCCUGGCUAGGUCUAAUAAAUGUAUAAAAUUUACACUCGAAAUCUCCAUCUACAAAAUCCUUGUACGGUCAAAAACCGUGCCUACAAAGACUAAAUCAACGCACAAAAGCUCCAAAACUGGGUAAAAAUCCGUGCGGAACUAAACAAUUUUAACAAAGACAUUUUUGUGUCUGAAUAACGGGAUGUUGAGAGUCUCAAGUCGCUUAAUGGCAAACAUGAAAUGAAACAAUAUCGUAUUCUUGGAACAAACAAUAUGGGUGUCAAGACGGACGGCUUAGAUAUUACUACAUACAUGUAGCUAGCUAGAUGUUUUCAAUUAAGAUGAUAUUCUUUUCUCCUCUUAUUUAAUGUUGGCCUACAUUCAGAAUGUUCAAGAACAUUGAACAUCGAACAUUGAAGAUCGAACAUUGAUAGAUUGUAGACAGAGCGUAAAAGAGUAUUUUUACGUAAUUAUAGUUGUUUAAUUUAAUUGUAAGUCAGAAAAUUUUUGACAUGGCUCCUUGGAACUGGAAAAGCAUUCUCAUGAAAGGCAUUUUUCUUUUAAUUAGGAUUUUUUGAAUGAUCCUUCACCGACUGUCCGCGUUACAGCAGUUCAUGGUGUUUUUCAUAUCGUCACUUUGUUCUGGGAAGUGAUACCAGCGCAUGUUGUCAAGGAACUUGUUAGCAAGAUUGUAAGUUAGUCGGCAUUUUUGUAAAUAAAGAAAUAAAUUAAUUAACAAUCCUCCUCAUCACAGCCUCCAUGUCCAUGCAUGGUGAUGCAAGUGUCGGAAGUGGUGAAGAAAAGGUAAACCAGUGGGAAAUAUAUAGAGGAUAUAAUUAGACGGUUGCGAUGAGAUAUGGAUUUAUAAUAACGCAACAUCAUCAUGUACGGGUGUGGAAAUGCCAAUUUGUGACACCAACUCGUACCCAUGGGCAUGAGCCUGGCACGAGUUAUAAAUGAACCACCAAUUCGUCUAAUGUUAUUUUAUGGUACAUGUUAUUUUGUAGUUUGAAAGUUGUGCUUAUGAUGUGUCGUCAACUGCUGUCAGAGUGGCCGUCUUUCAGGUACGCUGUUGGUAUUUAUAUGGCGGGAACACUAUAUCACUAUACAAUAAUAACCGAGCACAUUAAUGGUUUUAUAUAAGUCAGCAUGUCCUGUUGUACUUUAACGUCCAUGUUUGACAUGAGUUUGGAAAAAGAGCGCUAUAAUAUAUCUACCUUCGAUACAUAGAUCCAUUUCUGGGGGGGUGUAAGGGGUUGCGAACCCCCCCCCCCCCAUUUAAUUUGCACCCACUAAAGAAAUUUGUAACCCCUCCCAGAAAUUAAAUGCUCGUUGGAUUAAAUGACAGUUGUGUGAUUGAAAUAAGGAUUUGGAACUAAAUAAGAUAAAAAAACUCAAAUAUUUUGCGGGCUUUGCUGCCUUACUCCCAACCAUGUCCCCUGCAGAUUGCUCGACGGCGCGCGCCCUCGCCCAUCUCCCCCCGAAUUUUCGGCACCCCACCGAGCAAAAUCUGAAAAUCCGUGUAUGUUUCGAUAACGUUGCCAUGAUGUUCUACGAUAUAUUCCAGGGCGUGAAGUAUGUGUUGGAUAACCGCCUCUGCCAUCCUCUACUCAAGUCUUUGUUACCCAGUUUGAAGAACUUAUUACAUGAUAAUUCCGAGAAAGUCAGAAUUGCUUUUCUUGAUAUCUUGUUGAAAGUGAAAGGAAUGAGAUCAAUAAAGGUAUUCAUAUAUUAAUUGUUUAAUAUAGAAAUUUUGAGGGUGAUAGGCCCUCUGCCAGAAAUCGAACUAGCGUCCCUGCGAUUCCAGUGCAGCACUCUAACCAACUGAGCUACAGAUGCCAGUUGUGGAGUUUAACCAGAAAUUGAUAUUGUACACUGUGUAUAAUAAUGGUCUUUAUUGAGGCAAAAGAUAAAUAUCUUCUAUUACAACAUAUAUACUAAGGUUCGAUUCCUGCCAGUGAGUUUAUAUUGUUGCAUCAUGCGCAGCUUCUCCUAACCUAACCAGGUCUAAAUGUAUGUAAUUUACAGUUGAAGUUUUCGUCUACAACAAAACCUUUACUUCUAUCGAGUGAGAUGCCGAAAAUAACCACUUUUUUUGAAAACUGACUUCUGUGUUGUAUUUACUCUGCGCACGGAAACAACUGACUAUUUCAACAUAAUACCAUACCUGUGCAUGAUUCCUGUAACAUUGACAUAUUUUCAAAAUUAUUUACUUCUGCGUUGCGACUGUAUACGGUAGUCUGGCCAAAACAAUGAUGCUUUAUUUUCCAUAACUUCUUUUCAUCUCUAUCGUUAAAAAAAUCCGUAAUUUAAUUAAAUUUCACUGAAACAUAAUAUAUCAGUAUACACAGACACGGCUUUCAUAAUUAUUCUGAUUAGGUGGCUGUGUUGUUAAAAAUAGGCGGCUGCGAGGAGCCGUCUAUGUCAUCAAAUUAAUUGGACAAAAGUGAAAAUUGAUUAGAUAGCAACACAACUGAGGCCAUGCGAUGGCAAAUAACAUGGAAAAUAACUGAACCAGUUUUACGCAAUACAGUAGCACGUCGUUUUCGAAAAUAACCAGGAUAUAGAGUAGACCAGGUUGAGGAAAAAUAACUUUGUUUUUGAAAGCUUAGUGGAGGAAGGAAAGCAGAAUUGAUAUUUCAAGUACUAAACACAGUAACCAGCGGUAAACUUCGUGCCGGAUCUCCGGCUUAUUUUGAAAAAGCCCUGUACAAAUCACAUAAAAGUGAUGUCCUCUGUCUUUCUCUAGUUUUGGUCUAUCACGCCCAUGGAACAUUUGUUAAGUCGUUUAGAAGUGGAGCAAUCAGCGCCUGUCAUACGACGGAUUGUUAAACUGUUGAUGAAUUCAUUCCAUCCUGUUAAUAAAGAAAGUGAUGACCUGGUAAGAGAAGUCUUUAGAUAAUGGAGUGCCAUAGGCUUUUCAAUAAAGAAACACAGCACUUGUAGUGUCGUGGUAGGUUCAAUCCUUGCUCGGACCUCUACUCAAGGUCUUAUAUUCUUUAAAAUAAUUGAGGAGAAAGAGCUACCUUUGCAUUAACAGAAAGAGCUACAGUACCUUAGUAUAUGGUUAAACUUUCGCGUCUUCUCGGGCAAGGACGUUUAAUCGUAUGUGUCUCGGACCCCCUAUCAAUUGGGCAAUAGCCUGUUGGGAAAUCCGCUCACCAAUGAGUGAGAAACUCAAUAAACUCAAUUCAUAAACUCCGAGUCUGCCUAGACGUCAUCAUAAACCGUCGACAAUGUUACAGCUAGCAUUCUCCGAAAUGACAUUGUAGAAAUAAUCUGCAGUUGGUUAUAAAUUAAAUACUUUGAAACCGUCCAUCCACAAUAUUUUCCAGCUUAAUCGUUGUACCGGAUUAUGGAAAGCAAAUGCUCAAGCUGCGAGAAAAUUUUAUCAAUACGCUCACUUGCAGAUGUCAUUAACAACAGCAGGUACAGUGCUUAUACAUGCAUUAGAGUCUCCUCCCAAUUGUCGAAGUCGUUUGUCUCGAAAUCCUUGCUAUCUUGAACUAAAACCCAUCUGCCUUGGAUUUCCAUACCACAUGUAUUUUAGUAAUUUUUACUCGGUUAACGCGACCUCCUCACGUAGCUGGAAAUAAUGACAUAUAGGAUGCUAACAGGCACAGAAAAUAAUUUAUUGGGAAGAAUAUUAAUAAGCUAGGAAGAACAUUUGUCCCCAAAACUUCCAGAUACUUAAGAAUUUUUGGGUGAGGCUGAGCAGGAUAUCCGAAUUAUUCAGACCGAGGUCCGCGUUAUCUGCUGAAGCGAAGCUGAGACAGAUAAUGCUGACCGACAUCUGAAUAAUUCUGAUAUUCUGCAUAAGACGAAUUCAAUAAUCUUUUAUUAUUCAGAACCUUUAAAUUUUCAGAAUCUUUGUCUUGAACUAUUUUUUCAAUUUGCUCUGUUGAAAUCGAAGCAAAACGAGAAGAAGCAGCAGAAGCCAUUGUCAAAGCAAAGUAAUUUUUCAAAAUUUCCCGCUCUUUUCCAAUUCAUGCAAAAUACCGCUGUAAAAAUACGCGGGCACCUACAGAUACGAUAUUUAUUUGUCAUGUUCAAAUGCAAAUACGAGAUUUAUUUGUCACGUUCAUGUCUGCACCGAGAUACGGAAAAUUAUCUGUAGGCUUUCAACCAAUAAGAAUACGAGAAAAUAGUAAAAUGAAUAAUAAAAAAAUAUGUCCUGCUAUGUCCCGAACUAAUUUUGCUUCCCUUGACUGCUAGUGCGAUUUUCUUCUCAUGCAUACGAGGAGAGUGAGGAGUAGAUAAGGAAUGUUCUGAGUAUAUGUGUACAUUAUCUGACUAUUUAUAACGCAUCCACUCUUUCGUAUCCGUCAGACCUACAAUCUCAAGUGUCAAUGGGCCUAUAUUAUAUACUCAGUUCGUUGUUUUUGUUAAGGAUUACAUGCGCGUAUAUUUGUCUAUUUUCUCUAGUGAAGUUUCUCCUCCUCCUAUGCAAGUAUCUUGUAAGAUCUUCAGCUUGCGACAGCACCACUACUGAUGGAGAACUGACUGAUGAAACCCAAGGUAGGCUUGUUCCUCUGACAGACAAAGAAAAUAACGGGAAUUGGAUAGUAAAUUCAAAAUUCGAGCUGGAUAUGUUGGUUAUAAUGAUAGAAUAUAUUGCCCUGGCAACUGUGAAGCAACGUAUAACGCCCCGGUCAUUUUAAAAUCAUGAAGAUGUCAGGGUUCUCCUUAUCAGGCGGUAACCGGUAAAAUUGACCGUUUCCACGACCACCGUGCGAAUUUUGCCAUUUGUCGGGCUUCUUUUGCCAAAUCAAAAGAACGAACGCGUGCUUCAGCCCGCGAAUAUAUAUUCUAUAAAAGUUUAAGUCUUCCCUCAAAAUGUAGGAAAUGCCGUUUCAGAGAUUCCAGAUUUCAAAAUUUUUAGUGGGUAUACCCCGUCCCCCUAGAGGUUUGUAGGUGCGACUUGCCACUUCUACCUGUUGAAAAAACUAUUUUACCUGUACAUGCACUUACAACUGUGGAGAAACCUGAGAUAUUCGAACCCUGCAGAGAUUUCAGAAUUAUUCUGAGUAAGUGGCUGUGUUAGUAAAAUUGGCGGCUGUUGGGGAGGGGACGAUAUAUUAACACAACUGAACUCUGUAACCAAAUUAUAAUGUAUCACUACAUUCAUCCUUCAACAAGGUAACUUCAAGAUUUAAGAUGGCAAAUAACUAAAUCAGUUUUACGGAAUAGUAUGUCGUUUUCGGUUGAUCGAAUAACUUUGUUUGUAGCUCCGGUGAGUAGGCUCAAAACCACAAUCCCUGCGCAUUCAUUAAAAUAAAUAAAGUGUUUUAAUUCUUAACUUUGGUGGUGUGUUUAGACGACGUCGACAAAGAAAACGACGCAAGUUCUCAACCCGAUGAAACUGAGACGAAGGGAAUUGACACAAUAACCAUUGCAGGGCUUUUGGAGACUUGUGUUAUUGUAUGGGAAGGAAUCAAAGAUCAACUUGACAAGGUGUGUUUCGUUCAUGGUAAAUAGCAAUACUCUGAAACUUUAUUAGGUCAGCAAAUCUAUGGAGCAGGUCUCUGUCUGAGCCGAAAAUAUCUGACUCGAUAUCCUUUUUUAGAUCCAAUCUUUGAAUUCCAAACUUAUCAUUUUACGAUCCUCGUGUACUUAACCUUAAAUAAAAUUGUAGUAGUUGUUAAUUUGUGUAUUUUAGUUAAUGUCAGGUGUCAACUGCAUGGACGCAAGUCCUGUUCUUUUCCCACUCGCACAUAUAUUGUUUUGUAUGCAUGUUGUUUAAUAUUAAGGACAGUAUAUACAGUAAUGUAUUGUAUUGUGACGAAUUCAUUAAAUUCAGGUCUUAAAAUAUCGGUCGGUCACGGACAUUGUCCGACCCAUUCGUGAAAUUGCUCGACGUAUACUGGACUUGGAAAAAAGUGGAAUCUCAGGAUCCUGGAUCCUGAGGAACAUUUGCCUGAGUAACAAGACUGAGGAACAUUGCGAAUUUUCCACAUUUUUAAAGGAUCUAAUCAUGUGUCAGAUCAUAAUGUGAAACAAACUUAACUCCCUUUAACAGUGUGAACAAUAAUCUUUCCUCACCAAUUUUCCAUUAGAUAAUGCCGAUAUAAUUGAGCUUGAAGAGUUUUAGAUUCUGUGGAUUCUAUUACAAAAUAGUACAGUAGCAUAUAGUACAGUACCGUAAUUAUUUAAUGAAGUUGUAUUAAUAAUACUCAUGCAAAGUAGAAGAGGGCAUUCAGUAUACGUUUGCCACAACUUAGCCAAAAUAUGAAUUUCUGAAGAAAUUCUGUCCGAAUUUUCAUCCAUUAAUAUCAAUGCGACAAUGCGUACUUUUACUUUGCUGAUAAUAUGCACUGAUCUGAAAUAAGACUGGUUAACGCAUCUAUAGUAUACAAAAGUGAGGCCGGAAGUCACCGGAUUGUAGAUUACAGAUUGGUAGUUUUUCGCGUUUUUUGCCUUGGCUACGUUUCUGAGCGGGCCAGUUUUAUAAUCACAAAGAUAGAAGCGUACAAGAAGAAUUUUGAGCAAAAAAUUUGGAGUAUUAUGGCUUUAUAACGCCGCGAAACGGGAUUUACAACUCUGAAGGACUGGAGAGCCUCAGACUUUGUUUAUCAACACGAGCUCGUUUCGCUACUUUCAUACAAAAUCAGCUCAAAAUAUACAAGAAUUACUGUUACUGGACGAAUAUUCUCAGGAAAUUUGAAGAAAUGAAGCAGCUACAUUGUGAACGAAAGCGUGCGGAGGUUAGUUUUAAAAUACCUUGAGGCUACUUUUAUAAUUAUAUGAAUUAAAAUAACAUUAUAUUGAGUCAUUGUUAAUUUGGAUUAAAAAAUAUUUGAUUAUCACUUGCCUUCCUACUUUAAAACAUAUAAAACUUCUCGACAAGUCGCCGGGGAAUGCUCUUGACAAAAUUGACAUUUAAAACUGUUCCUUAAUAAAAGUAGCCUCAAGGUAUUUUAAAGCUAACCUCCGUACGCUUUCGUUCACAGUGUAGCUGCUUCAUUUCUUCAAAUUUCCUGAGAAUAUUCAUCCAGUAACAGUAAUUCUUGUAUAUUUUGAGUUGAUUUUGUAUGAAACGAGCUUGUGUUGAUAAACAAAGUCUGAGGCUCUCCACUCCUUCAAAAUUAUAAAUCCCGUUUCGCGGCGUUAUAAAGCCAUAAUACUCAAAAUGUUUUGCUCAAAAUUCUUCUUGUAUGCUUCUAUCUUUGUGACUGAGAAACUGGCCCGGUCAAAAACGUAGCCAAGGCAAAAAACGCGAAAAACUACCAUCUGUAAUACAAAUCUAUACAAAAGUGGGGCCCCAGAAUCGGGUGGCGGCCGGUGACUUCCGGCUUCACUUUUGUCUACUAUAGAUGCGUUAUCCAGUCUUUAUUUCAGAUCAGUGAUAAUAUGCCACGAGGAACAUAUCUACUGAUGGUAUGCCCUAUUAAACUAUUAAAGAAGCCAUUGGUUCCAUUUUACAGUAUAGGUAAAUACAAACUAAAGCCUAUUAUAGGCUCUGUUUCAGUCAGCCUAAGUAAGGUUAUAGUAAACUGCAAAGCAAUAAUCAGUGAAGUGUAAAAACAAAUAUAAAAACAAUAUAUACAGUACUUUUUUAAACGGUUUUUAUACAGGUAGUCAAUUUAUGCCAAAUAAAAUACCCCAUAUUUUCUGCGCGCUUUGAGGAACAUUUGAAAUGGGCAAACUUAGGAUCCGAGGAACAUUGGAUACUUUUUCCAAGUCUGGAGGAAACCGACGUCACUCCGACCAAAGUGAAACUGAGGUUUAUUGUUUGUCCGACCGAAGUGAAUUGGUGUCUGACUGAACUGCAACUUGUCCAACGUAAAUCAAAAUGUACCCUACCCAUAUCGAUAUAAUACAUUGUGCUCAUAUUCAUUUGUGUCAUUCAGUCUUAUUUCCGAGCCAAACUGAACUGAUGGUCAUUAGACAUCUGAUCAUAUACAUAUGUCUGACCCAAACUGAAACUUCGGAUUUUUGUCAGACGGUCCUGUAAAAGAUAUUUUAAGGCCUGAAAUUAAAUUAAAUAAUGGCUUUAUUGACAUGGCCGUUCUUACAGGUAAUGCUAAAGCGUUAAACUAUAACUUAACAGUUAUACUAAAUCCAGAAAAGCUUCAGCACAAGUACUGACGUUCUGCAUUUCUUUUGCAGCCAUCCCAAGAAACACUAAGAUUAAAUCUCAAUCAACAAUUUGCUAAAGCAAUUCCAAAACUUUUCAAGUCCAUUGAGGUAAGAAUAAUUAACAUUCAUAACUUGUUAAUAAGGACGAAUUGCAGUUUUUUAAAAGAAAAAGUUGUUUUUUUUAUUUAUUUUAUACUUAAAAGUAUACACUUGUUUUUCAGGAUGAUCGAUGUCAAUCUGCCCUCACUCUACUGGCUGCUCAUCUCUCACCAAAUCUUGUUCCAUCUUUAAGGUUUGACAAAUAAUGUGUAUUACAUAACACCAAAUUAAAUUGUGGUCAUUUAACUGGCUCGUUAUGAUCACGUGAUAUUCAACAAAAAUUUCCAUUGCAGUCCCCGCCAUGCAUUUUUGGACUAUACGUUUUGUACCAUUGCACAAUUUGGUUUUCAUUAAAAUUCCAUCUUUUACCUCAUGAAAAUAUUUUUCCCAUUGCACACAUUGACAUUUAUUACUGUAUUUAUAAUAUACAGCCUGCUGGAUGUCUGGUAUCAGAAAUACAAACACAAGUUGAAAGCGUUUGUAUUUUCUAGACGUCAUUAUAUCUCAGUUCUUUCUUCCAUGAACGAUGAAACACCUCGUGACGUGUAUGGUCCGUUGUUAGAAUGCGCCUGUUCUUGGGGACAGACAAAAGAUGUUUUGGAAUUAAUUAAUGACAGGUUAUUAUCUGGUCUACAAGAAAGCCCAGUACAGGUAAUUCAGUUAAUAUCAAAUUUAGGAUAUGUGAGAAAAUGUAUGCCAUGUCAAGAGAUUGGUCGAGUCUUCACUUGAAGUGCAAUAGGUUGUCGAAGAUGAAAUUUUUAUACAUUUAUGUCAUACAUAUUGAUAUGUGGAUUAUAUGUGUUCAACGUUUAGUGUUCCAAAUUGGUGUUUUGUGUGUUUUUGAAAGACUGGACAUGUGUUUUGUUACUUUACAGCCAAAGGCAGCAAAAAGAAAGCGAAAGACUGUCAGCUUCUCCAUACCACAAACAAAAUCAUCAGUUGUCCUAGAUUUUCUUGAUUGGAUAAUGGUACUACAUUUUAUGUAAUUUGCAACAUACGUUUUCUGUCUGACAUUAGGCUUACCGCAUGUAUCCACAUCUUGUCUAUUUUAAGCGCCAGUUUAUACCAACAUGUUUAAAAUGGUAAAAUAAUUAUGAAAACGUUAAUCUAUUCAAUGCCUUUAUCUAGGCAAGCCCGAGAUGUCGUUCUUACAUUUUUUACUCGAAGGAGGAUGUUCAGAUUUUAUCUGAAACUCUGAAGAAUUCCUUGGUAAAGCGUACUUAUUCUUAGCUCAAAUUUAAUGUUUAUUUCCUGCUUUACCAUAUAGCAGGAUUUAUUUCUGGAGUCCUAAGUUUUGAGGACCAAAGCUCACUAAUAUUAGUGGUUCAAUUAUAAUACAGAAACUGACAAGAAGGAAGUGAAGAAAGUUUAACAUGGCUUGUACUUGUGUUUUUCAGAGGUGUAUCGAGAGAUAUCUAAGCGACUAUACAACGUACACAGACAGUACAGAAAGAAAAGACUUCCUAAGUAAAACUUUCGACAGCUACUGUCGGCUAGAAAUACAUCUUUAUGCAUCGGUACGUGAGAACCAAGAUAACUUUGAAAAGACGUCGAGGUUUCUUCUUGUAGCACAUUCUAUUCAGUGAAGCAUGUGUAAUUAGAAUUUCAUUACCAUUUGAAUUUCAUUACCAUUUGAAUUUCAUUACCAUUUGAAUUUCAUUACCAUUUGAAUUUCAUAACCAUUUGAAUCCACACGGUUGCGAUAAAAAGUUGUUUCCGAGUUUUGCAACCGAAGUUAUGAAUGAACAACUUUACGUUUCACGUUACAAAAUAAUGACAUGGGCUGUAACUAUGCGUUUUCUAACUGUAAUUUUGUAUAUAAUUAAAAUGUAUAUAAUUGUAUAAUUAAUAGUAUAUAAUUGUAUAAUUAAUAGUAUAUAAUUGUAUAAUUAAUAGUAUAUAAUUGUAUAAUUAAUAGUAUUUUGUCAAACGGCAAAAUAUUAGGCAUGUAAUUUUAUUACAGGUUUGUUAUUGUCUUGACUCAACACGGAAGAGAAAAUGAGCGUUGCAAAACGCAAAGUUACGCCACAAACGCUUUAUUCUGAUGUGAAACAUGAAGUUGUUCAAUCACAACGUUGGUUCCAAAACUUGGAAACAACUCUUUUCCAUGAAACCAUUGCAACAUUGAAAGGUAUAAAUUGUAUCUUAUCAGGAAGGUCGUGAUACUAGUGAAGAAGAAAGGAGUUGUGAUGACGAACUUGUAUCUUCAUACAAGAAAAUUCUCAACUGGUGUGAUGGUGUGUUACUACGACACCUUGAUGAAACUGG